AAAAUGUUUAUUGUCAGAUACGUGACUGAAUCUUAACGGAUGAGCGAGGUUUUUAGGACACAGAUAUGUUUUAAAGCUAAAUCAAUAUUAAGGAAUUUAACAUGAAGAUUUAAGUGAGAUUGUCAAUAUGGAGACAAUUAUGUAUCAAGCUACCAUUUUUCUGGCCAGCAUUUUAACAGUUUUCGGCCAGACAAUAGAAACAACAUCCCAGACAAUAAAGAUUGAAGUUGGUAAAGUGGCCCAAUUUGAGUGCAAAGUUAAAAAUCUUCAACCUUCACAAACUGUAAAAUGGGAUUUUAUUGACCACAAUAUAACUAUAUCUAAAGGAUCUGUGAUACAUGCUGAGAACUAUGAGAACAAAUAUUCAAUAUAUGGACCUCAAGAUGGAGGGGGAUACUGGAACUUGCAAAUAUAUCCAGUGUUAAUGACAGAUGCUGGUACAUACAAAUGUUAUGUUGAUGGUGCUGCAGAUUCUGUGAAAGUGAUUCACCAUCUGCUGAUUGCAAAUGCACCCCCAGUUCCAUCUAUACCAGCUUUAAAUGUCACAGACUGUUGUGUUACAAAUGGAGUAGAGAAAUGUGCGCUACCAUUCUGCGAUACCUCUACAUCAAUCUUGGACCUCAUUAAAAUUACAAUAGCUGAUAAUGGUGAUUGCAUCUCAAGAAAUAUUCUUCAAAUUCUCAAAUGUGGACAAGAUGGAAGGAACCAUUUAGGAUGUUGUAUGCGUAAUGGACUGUCAGAUCUGUGUCAGAAUCUGUGUAAAGGUUGGGGAGAAGAUGAUGGCACAGAUUACACAUCAUGUAUCAGUGAUGCUCAGAUAAUGUCCUAUAUAACUUGUUUCAAGGAAGGAAAUGCAUUGUUACCUAGUCCUCCUACUGAUGUGUCAGCUAUAAAUACUGGAAACUCUCUUCUUGUUACCUGGCAACCGCCUCAUGACAACCCUGAUGUUGUUGUUGGUUACAAAGUCCAGUACAUGGAAGAGGGAUCUGAUGUUCUAAACUCUACAUCACUUUUACGUCUUAAUUCACUUGUGAAAGAGUUGACGAAUCUAGAGCUGAAUGUAGUGUAUGAGAUACAGGUAGUUGCUAUAGCAAGCAGUGGAGCCAGUCAACCAUCUCUCCCUAUACUGAAGUCUACUGCAGAGGUAGUACCACUAUCAAACUACACACAGACAAUACAAGAUUGCUGUAAAAAAUACAAUGUUACCAGUGAUUGCCAAGGUUACUGUGCGGCCAGUUUGUACUACACUGGUGGACAUCCUGACAUGCUAAAAUGUUUAUCAGAACUUGAUAUCAUUUAUCAAUGUAUUGCAGGGCAUGGCGACCACUCCCCAUGCUGUAUGGUAUCAGGGGUACCAAGUGAAUGUUUAAGUUUAUGCAAAGGGGAACCAAUCCUAGACUGGAGUAUUACAGGGUGUCUGAGCUACAUGAACAGAAUAUCAGCAUGUUUGAUUGAAGGCUCUGUUAUGAUGCCAGACCCGCCACAGAAUACCCGCAUACUUGCUGAAACUGUAACUGACACGUCUGCUGUUGUUGCCUGGGAAGCUCCAGGAAACUUUAAAUCUGGAGAUGAAUAUUUAGUCUCAUGGAAAAAAGACAAGGAUAUUUUUAAUGAAUGGAAAAGUGCAGAAAUAAAGUUUGGAACUACAUACAAGAUUACAAAUUUAGAGCCUGGAACCAAAUAUGAUGUUGUAGUAUCAACCGAGAAUGAGAAUGGUUCCAGUCUUCCUGAACUUACCCUUAUUCUUAUCACAGAAGGUUAG